GGUAUGUCAAGACAAGUAGAGACCCCUGUGGCCAAAUAUGGCAAAAGUAGUGAUUUCGGGAAAGUGUUGGAUUUCAUUCAAUCCAUGAUAAGCAACGAAACCCUUCGACAAGCCUUUGACAUUCCGCAUUUAGUCGUGGUAGGUCGGCAAAACAUGGCGAAGACAACCCUGAUAAACCGCCUGAUCGGGCGAUAUCUUCUGCCCAUGCGAAGGGAUGAAACAGCCAACACCCUUCAGGCGCGGACCACGUGCCCCAUCAUACUGAACCUGCGCAAUGGACUGGAAACAGCUGUAGAAGUAAAGUGUGAUGCAUACCCUGAUAUUGGAGGAAGAGUAGAAAAACCCACGGAUGAUGUGGUGGAGAAAUUCCUUACAGACUUCUCUACCUAUCUUCUUAAAGAAGAGGGGACUCUUAUAUCCAAGACCCCAGUUAAAGUGACCCUUCAAGGUAAUAUAUUGAUCCAAAAGUAACUAAAAGUUAAGUUGCGUACAUUUACUCCACUGGAAAUACGGUGCUGUAGUGAUCUCCUCGGUUCACUUUUAUCGCAAGUGCUCCGUUAAUAGAAUUUAAAUUAUGUUUUCCAGAAACGAAAAAAGAAAGCGCAGUGAACUAAAAAAUAGGAAGAACGAGGAGGAAAAGAGUAAGAGAAGAGAAAUGGGUAUGGUCUGAACCGCUUAGUUUUCAAAAAUCUGCUUGCAGUUGAUUUCAUAUUUGGCUGCAAAAAGUCUCAGUUACAAAACUUAGUGCCACCGUUGUUGUGCCAUCCUAGUUGUUUGUGAAAGGCCUUUAGUGUGGCCUAGAUUUGAAAUAACCUUUUUAAUCUGUCUGCGCCAGGUCCCGACCUCACGACUCUAACCUUGGUUGAUCUUCCUGGCGUUCAUUUCGCCAACAAUGAUCCUCGAAUGAACCACGCGACCCAAUCUCUUGUGUUAGACUACAUUGAGAAGAACACAAAGAGCAUCAUAGUGAUAGUGUCCGAGGUAGGGGACCUCACAGGAGACAAUGCUAUUAAUCUGGUCAUGGCAAAAGCUGCAGACUUUAGGAGCCGCACUAUCUGUGUACUUACCAAACCGGACAGGCUGAGAGAUUCCGAUGACAUGGGCAUCAAAGUAGCCUUGAAUCAGUCAAGUUUUACCCUGGAAGAAAACCGCUUUAUUUUGUUGAGAGGUAAGCAUAAGAUAAAGUUACGUUGUUGGUUGUUCUUGUUUUUGUUUCUUUGUGGGGGGGGGGGGUUGUUGUUGCUGUUUUUCUUUUUUAUGCAAAAGGAGACCAGAAUACCCUACGAGUAGCCUCCGGCUAGGCACUCCUCGCAGGGUAGGGAAAUGCUUUACAUAUACUACUUGGAAGCUAACUGAAGAAGUAGCAGUUUUUUAAAUAAUUAAAAGUAUAAUUUCUGUUUAUUGUAAAGGUCUCCAGUUAGUAUCAACUCAGUGAGCAUGGAAACUUUCAUUCUCUGGAACGACCCCUUUCAGCUACCUGGUUAUUUUUAAACACAUCCCUAAAGAUCCAAACUUAUCGUAAAAAAAUGUCAGUCAUUUUUUAUCUAAAUUUUUGACUGACAACGAGUUUUUCGUGGGCUUUGUGCAAGGGGCUCAAUAGGCUUAACCGUACACUUGACAAAAGUCAACCUCACGAGUUUCUUGGCGGGCGGAGCGAGCUUUUUAGGCGGCCUAGCCUGCGUAGCAAGCGUUUCCAAUCGACGUUAUUGCUCUCUUCUCUUCUUCUUUUGUUUGCUCAACUUUCUCGACGAACUCGCACGGAAACGCUUGCUACGCAGGCUAGGCAGCCGAGCGAGGGACGAAGUCGUGAGAGGUUCCGCGCCAUAUGAAAUCGGACAAAGGACUUUUUUGAAAGUCUAGGUUAACCGUUACGGGCCCUAAAACAGAUAUUUGAGGUAAAAAUGGAAGUUUGUAACCGUUAGUCGUAAAAAAGUUGACGGUGAAAAUGUUUUCUAGUCCCAAUUUUUCAUGAUGCUCGUGCAUGGCUUAUUAACCCUAUUUCGGUCGCAUUUUUUUUCUAUCCCAGGGGAAACUGGGGGCCUAUUUCUCGAAAGGUCCGAUAAUGAACGGGAAGCUGUUGUUGUUUACAUGCAAGAUAGAGGUUUCAAUGGUUAUGUAGAUAAUAUGAAAAACCAAUGCAAUCGGUUAACGCGAUACAAAUUGAAAUGGUUUCUUUGCAAGCGCCUUUUGGAACAUUUGAUUUCGGGCCCAAAAAGUUACCGGGACCUUUCGAGAAACGGAUCCCUGGAAAACACCUUGGAAGCUAAAACCGAUGGAAAAUUUUAAACUUUUUUCACAAACAAUAGAGCUUUCUUCGUCAGAUAUCUACGGAACCCACCGCGGAGAAUAAAUCGUUUAUAGCCGCAGAAAAGGCAAAAUAUUUACCCUAAAUACCUUCCCCAUACUGAGACCCUCCUGUGUGGCUACAUUAAAGAGGUUUCACUUCAUAUUAAAAUUAGAGUGUUAUUUUUUUUUCCAUAAAAUCCGUUGUCUUCUUGAAAUUGAAGUUUUUCUUAUGACAAUUAUUGUGAAACGAUUGGGAACAGGAAAAGAUGCAACCGACCCGAAUGAGAAAGACUGGGAUGCAAAAACGACUCGUUUAAAGGAGAGAGAGUGGUUCGAGGGUCAUCCCCAGUACAAAAGCAUCCUUCAUUUGUGCGGUAUUGACCGACUUAUGGACACUAUGAUCUCACUUCUGGCCGAGAAAAUGGGCAGUGAAAUUCCAAUUUUAGUGAACCAAAUGGAAGAGAGAAAGAAAAAGGUAAGGAGACAAAAUGCAUCUCUGUCGAUUAUAUUCAGUUCCACAACAAGAAACCGUUUAACCUGUUAACAACAUAGUAGAACAGAACAAGAUUCUCCAGUCGGAUUGGCUAUAAGCAUCUCUCAUUUCAGCAUAAGGGCAAUGUAAAUGGACGUCAUUUAAAGUAUGUGUCACCGUUUGCGAUAGGACAUUAGGUACUGAAAAAUUGAUGACUCUGCAAAUUUUAUGCAAAUAAGGCUCUGGGUUAAGCCUUGAGAUCGCAUAUUUGCCUCCGGGGCCUUCCCCUACAUCUACCUCAUUUCACAAUGAAUAUCGAAUAUAUAGGACUGAAAUUUUCUGAGAAAGCCAAUUGUGUGAUAUCCUUUCAAUUUUCAGAAGUAACCUUUUUGCGACUCGCUACUUCUAAAUGAGGUUCAUAUGCAAAAAUCACCUACUUUGCAAAGAAAGUUUAAAUCGCCUCUUGAAGCGCUUUUAUUUCAUACAGAUCUGUUUUUGGUUUGUAGGUAGAUUUGGAGUUGCAAAAGCUGUCCGAAAGCGAAGUUCCAGAGUCCAGUAAUGAAAAAAGGAGGCUUGAGAUGAAAGUUAAACAUAAUCUUGUCACCCAGCUGAGGGACCUUCUCCAUAAAAACAGGUCUAAAAUUCGAGGAGGAGAACAAGUGAGAGCUUUGUUCAAUGAAUUCCACAAUGAUGUUUACAAGGUUAGNUGUUUUUGGUUUGUAGGUAGAUUUGGAGUUGCAAAAGCUGUCCGAAAGCGAAGUUCCAGAGUCCAGUAAUGAAAAAAGGAGGCUUGAGAUGAAAGUUAAACAUAAUCUUGUCACCCAGCUGAGGGACCUUCUCCAUAAAAACAGGUCUAAAAUUCGAGGAGGAGAACAAGUGAGAGCUUUGUUCAAUGAAUUCCACAAUGAUGUUUACAAGGUUAGCGAAAAAGAUAUUUUGUGAUAUUAAGUGGACAUAACGGGUUGUUUUCCGUAUAUUUAAGCAGCUUUUUUUUUCUGCCAGAAUGAUCUCCACUAUAUUUUCUUCUGUCAUCAAAAGGCCUCCAUUAAAUUGGGGUCUUCAGCAAACGCUUGGGAAUUUUUGGAUCUUUUUUAUAAUUUUUUAAAAUAAAGAAAUACUGAAUGAUGCUUGAAAUAAUCGAAAAAGCGACGUUUUAAGUUUUGAAUGAGACUGUAAUCAACAUUUAGUUUGAAGUAAAUUAUAAUACUUCUUGUAGACAAAGUUCAGUUGGUCCCCCACCACAACAAGGGGCCUCACUCGUGAAUCCGUUUGAGGACUUACCCAGGUUUUUUCAACAUGACAGUUUACACUUUUCUUCCCUUUAUUCUCAAUUCAUACACUUUGAAUGAACGUCUCUAUAAUGAAGAUCUCAGUAUCACGAAUGAUGCUCCUCGUCUCAAGUACAUCUUUAUAGCCAGUAAAAACCAUAACGGGAUGAAAAUGUCAUUCAGGGCGGACAUGCUCUGCCAAGAGAACAUAAAAGGCUUUUAUGUUCUCUUGGCUCUGCUAUGUCCUUUCCUUCUAAGCCUUUCUCUGAAAGAUUAACCUACCAAAGUAAGAAAUUUUUUCCUCAUUAAUCUGUAAGCCAAAUGUAUGGGACAACUGAGACUGGCGAUAUAUAACCGGUGCCCCCUGUUUAAGGCACCCAAUGCAUCCAAAGGACCAGCUGUUCCAAGGCAUUCCGCCAAACCAACGGAAUUACACUACAUCAUUAGGCAGAAAAAAAUAAUUAUUAUGAUCAAAGUUUCCGGUGGGGAUUUUUAAUUCCAAAACAUCGGUAAAGCAGCAUACUAACAGUAAGAAAUUGUUUUAAUAGCCAGGAUUUGCACGAUGGCGUCAUUUUACUACUACGACGUACGACCAGAAUCCUUUUGGUUUUUCCUUUCACAAUCAACUUUGGUAAUCCCAGCGAGGUUUGAAUAAGAAAAGCCUUAAUUCGCACAAGAAAGCAAACCCAUGAAGGAUUCUGGUCAUAGUAGUAACAUGACGGCAUCAUGCAAAUGGCCUUUUUCUCGUUUGGAGUAUGCAUGGAGCUGACCCAAGAAAAUAGCCACAUCCCUGGCUUCAUUUGAAAUCAAGCAGGUUUUUCAACUGUUCGCCAAUUUUUCAGUAGUUUAUCAACCACACUAGCUCAAUUAAAGCCAGAAUAACUAAUGUAAGAAAAGAUUUUUCAUUUAUUCUUUAUUUGCCUCGAAUAUCUAGCUUUCAAAUAUUCGCUUUGCCGUUGUUUUGGUAAUUCAUAUUGAUAGUGAAUUCGCCUAAAGAGGUUUUAGCUCCGCAAAUAGGCUCGUGCCAUUUUAUUGUCCUUUAUCGGUUUAAGUUGCUUUGUGUCCGCUAAGUAAUAAUUGUAGAAAAGCCAUCAGUGUUCCUUAGCAAAAAAAACUUAUUGAUCGUCCUCUUUUCAAUUACACACAUUUUACUUCAAUGUUGACUUUAAAAAGAAUAAUUAGUUUCUGAAUAAUUGUUAUUUAUCUUUAGUCUAUCUAUCGUGAUUUUACAAAAGAUGGUGUCUACUCAUAGUAUCGCCUUUCGUACAAGUGUAACUCUUUUUAAUUGCAAUUUAGCUAUAUUUAUUUGCGAAUAUAUCUUUCAUUAAAAGUUGUUAGUUAAAUUGAGGUAAAAGGUGAAUUUUGAAUAUGAUAGGUUUUCCUGUCUCGUAAUUUUUAAAUAGAUCGGUUUUUGUUGAAGAUGAAAACUUGCCAUUAGUCUACGCUUCCAGUGGCGGAUCCAGACUUCAGAUAAGGAGGGUGGGGGGGGGGGUCAUCCAGACCCUGGGAUAAGGGGGGGGGGUUCUUAAAAUAAGGGGGACCUUGCCCCCCGGGCCCCUCCGCUGGACACGCCACUGGCUUCUUCCUGUUUAAAGAGCCGAUGGCUGAACUUGCAUUUUCAUCCAUAAAGACUUUUUACAUAAACGCUGUUUUCCUGACCUGGCUAGGUCUUUGUCUCAGUACUUUUACUUUCUAAAAUAUCAACAGUAACAAAAGAUUUCAGGUUAAAAAUAUAGUUUGUAUUAAGUUUUCAUUUAACUCUAAGCGAUUUCUGUUUAUAUUUCUAUUGUAUUAAGCCAGUUUAACUUUUUUCGAUUACAUUGUCCAUUACAUCGACGAUUUCAGAGCUGAUUACAUUGCCGAUGUAGUACCUACAUCGUCGAUAACAUCGCUGAUUAUUAGGGGCGUGUCCUGCCUGAGUUAUUGCCAUUUGAUCCGCUGAAGAAUAAACGCUGUUGGAACCAAAGUUUAGUCCUGUUUGAGCUACUGUGGUACCAGUAAGUGGUUUGAUUUCGGACCUACAGAGAAGUGACGGCUCUUCCCCGCAAGCGAGUUGCCCUUUGAGCCUAGUUUCUCCCACCAGUCUAAUCUAGAGUUACGCACGAGUUCCCGUUAGGCCUCCCAAAGUUUAGUUCUGCCUCACUACUGCUUUUCCUUCCGUCACACUAUAGCCAAACGGCUUGAAAAUCUUCUUCGUAUACAGGUAGACCCGCUGGUUCUGCAGGAUGAUGACGAGAUACGUAGGAGGCAAAGGGGUUUGGCGGGCGUAUUUGCCCCUCUCGGAGACAGCAGUGAAGACAGCCAGCUGCUUGAGGAGCUACUCUACGAGUCAUACACAUAUGAAAAGAAGACCCAGGGAAACAAGGGUAUGAAAACCACAGGGUUUAUAGCUCUUGAUAGUUAUGUCAGUAAUAGACUAGUUAGCGGGCAAGGUGAUUAAAUUUCAGACAGUCAGUUCAAAACGUACAACGGUACCGUCGGGUACAGUGAAUUAAUAUAUACGUAGUAGAGUACUUUAUUCUUGUCAGCCUUACACACGUUUUUCACAACAGCUCCAAUUCAAUCGCCAACUUCGCCAAAUUAUUGGCGACUUAAAUAACUCAUGUAGGUACGUUCGGGCUUUCUGACCAUGAGGGUUACAAACAAAACUCCCUGCUCUGUUGAACAUGAAAACAAGGCCUACAAAAUAUGCUUUACAACACAUUUUACUGCGCUUUUCAGAAACAUGCGAACUCUUAAGUUCAAAAGCCGCCUUCACAAUUACGUUUUUCGCUGCCGUCAAUCAUAAUUACGAUCGCAACGAGCCUUGAAACACAGAAACACACAAAACGGAUGGAAAUCCACCAAUGACAAAUCACAAACCAUGACCUUUUGAACCCGUUGAAGUAAAAUUUUGUGUCCUAAGAGUUCGUUAAGAUGAUUAAUGGCAGUGAAAAACGCAAUCGUCAGUUAGCUUUUGCACUUCAGAAUUCGCAUGUUUGUGAAAAGCGCAGUAAGAAACUUCUUCACAAAACUAAUCAUACUUGUUUCUUUGUCCUUUCAAAUUUGUCCAAUAUGUUAUCCGGAUAUUUUCUGUGUAACUAUUGUAUCGUGAGNCCUUGAAACACAGAAACACACAAAACGGAUGGAAAUCCACCAAUGACAAAUCACAAACCAUGACCUUUUGAACCCGUUGAAGUAAAAUUUUGUGUCCUAAGAGUUCGUUAAGAUGAUUAAUGGCAGUGAAAAACGCAAUCGUCAGUUAGCUUUUGCACUUCAGAAUUCGCAUGUUUGUGAAAAGCGCAGUAAGAAACUUCUUCACAAAACUAAUCAUACUUGUUUCUUUGUCCUUUCAAAUUUGUCCAAUAUGUUAUCCGGAUAUUUUCUGUGUAACUAUUGUAUCGUGAGUUUAUAACAUAUUUGUUUGCAGAAGCUGUUCAGAUAAUCGAGGUUAAGAGUCCUGUUGAUCAACUGAUUCCAAUAACAGAAAAUCUUGUCAAAAACGUGGAGAAAACCUUACGAGAAAUAGUCCAGAGAGCGAUCAAUGAAAACUUUUCCAAGUUCCCUACCGCCUUGAAAGUGGUUGAAACGAACGUGGUGAACAAAAUUUUCAAAACCAAGCGAAAGCAGACGACUACAUUCAUCCAGCACUUUAUUGAGAUGCAGAAAAAGAGUAUUGACAGAGUCUUCGCUCCUGUCCCGUUUCCAGAUGAACUUAAAAUCUGGGAUUCAACGCUUUUGCAGAAUCGUAAACCACAUCCCUGUAUGGAGUCUCCAAUGAUGUUUCACUUGAAGUCACUGGCUGAGAAGCUUUAUCCAGAAGGAAUGAUCAAAGAUAUUGAACGCGGAAAUAACCAGGGAAACUUCAAGGUCAGUAGUAAAUCAAAAGACUACGACGAGUAAACUAACCCUGUGGCUUUUUGACGCUCUUUCCUCUUCAGGUCGUGUUGCUCAGGUCUUUUGUUUCAGAUCAUGAUUACGGACGAUAGCAUGACAUACUCUUUUUACGAUACUUAUACUUAAAUAUUUCCAGAUCUCCUAAGUUUGCGUCAAGUGACACGCGCUCAAUUUCCUCCAACUGCACGUCUGUCACCCCUAAUAAGUCCACGACCCCCUUUUUCUCUUGGACAAUUAUACCCAAUUUACCUCUUCAGAGGGUUGUAGCAUGCAAGUCAUGGAUGGGCAACAACUUCCUAGUCCUUCGAUCUAUAUUCUGCAAUUCCAUCUUGUUCCAACAACUCCAACUCCAUAUAGCAUCACUUUUCUCAGGUAUUAAUUGACAGCAUUGUGUUUCCUCUACUCAGCUUGCACUUCUGCCCAAUUUUUUUUGCUUUUUGCUUUUUGCUUUUUUGCUUCUAUGGAAAUGUUUAUUCGUUAGCUUGUCCUUUGUUCUAUAAAUCAUCAUACUCAAGAAACCCUAAGUACGGCCAUCCUCUUCUUUAGUGUUCACUCGGUCCUGCAUCAGCCAGAUCCACUCCUUCAAAUUCAAAUUUAACCCUCUCAGCCUUCCCUAUUUUCAAAGCCAGCACCCUUAAUUUGAUACAUAAUAAAUAUUAUCACCAUAAUAGCGUAAUGAAAUACAAACGUGUUUAAUUUAGUUGAGACAAAAUUUAAAGUUGUUUCUGGAAGAGGGCGUUGACAGCUUUUCUUUCUUAGGAUCUCGAGGAUAUGAAAAAAACAAAAAAGAAUGUUGUGCGUUACUUCAAUGAGAUCAAAAUGAACGUCUGCGAUACAGUCCCUCGCUGCAUUCUUCAUUUUUUCAUUACUCAAUUCGUGGAUGACUUUGAACACGCCUUGGAACAAGAAGACUUGGUCGAGUUCUUGAAAGAGAAGCAGGAAAUUCGAAACAGGCGUAUCCANCUUUUUUGCUUCUAUGGAAAUGUUUAUUCGUUAGCUUGUCCUUUGUUCUAUAAAUCAUCAUACUCAAGAAACCCUAAGUACGGCCAUCCUCUUCUUUAGUGUUCACUCGGUCCUGCAUCAGCCAGAUCCACUCCUUCAAAUUCAAAUUUAACCCUCUCAGCCUUCCCUAUUUUCAAAGCCAGCACCCUUAAUUUGAUACAUAAUAAAUAUUAUCACCAUAAUAGCGUAAUGAAAUACAAACGUGUUUAAUUUAGUUGAGACAAAAUUUAAAGUUGUUUCUGGAAGAGGGCGUUGACAGCUUUUCUUUCUUAGGAUCUCGAGGAUAUGAAAAAAACAAAAAAGAAUGUUGUGCGUUACUUCAAUGAGAUCAAAAUGAACGUCUGCGAUACAGUCCCUCGCUGCAUUCUUCAUUUUUUCAUUACUCAAUUCGUGGAUGACUUUGAACACGCCUUGGAACAAGAAGACUUGGUCGAGUUCUUGAAAGAGAAGCAGGAAAUUCGAAACAGGCGUAUCCAGUUUCGGGCCGAGUCCGCCGCUCUAGAGGAAGCGUUGCCCCGCACUGACGACGUGUUGAAAAUGUUGCUGCGCAUACAGGGCGGGUCGGGUGAAAGUGAGAUGUCGUAGUUUUAAUACUAACGCUGGUAACCAUGGCAGAGGGUAGAUUACCUUUUUGUUAUCUUUGUGUCAUAUUUUGUCCGUUUGAAAACAAAGUAGUACAUAGCUUUAAGAAUAAAAUCAUUUUUCAACCAUCGAGAGGAAGGGCAGAAAAUUAAUUGAAAUUAAAAAAAAACAUAAUCAAUAGAUUACUGUAUUUAUAUUUCCAAUCUAAAAAUCGUAUCUUUAAAUCGGAUUAUUGUUGCGAACGAACUCCAGAUUUUAUGAUUUGGUGACAAAGCAACUGAAAUAUCGGUUUUAGUUGACAAUAAACUUUUCCAAGUGGUUACUUUUCAGCACAAAAAGCAAUUAAAGUUGGACACGCAAAGUGAACUACAAAAAGGGUAGGAGAAGGAUAAUAGGUGGCUUAGAUACAAUAUAAAUAACCAUUAGUAGGACAAGCUGUUGAUAGGAAUGCCAGUCUAGAGAGAUUAAUACUGC